UCUACUUCGGCUACCGGCGCGAUUUCUUCCAACUGGAGUUGUAGGGUUUCUAAUUCUCCCCUUUCCUUCUUCCCAUUUCCCUCCUCUCUUCCCGCCUCUCUCCAAGCUUUCUCUCUGCCUCUCCUCGCCAUUGCUAGCUCUUAGGAGGAGAGAAGCCGCUUCUACUCGAAAAAGUCUCGCCUUUGAGGGUGGACUGGACUUGGGAGCCAUAUCAGAUCAUCUGAUAGCUCGACUUUGGUUUCUAAAAGGUUAAGCCUAUACUUGUUUAAAACCAGAUAUUGGGCUUUUGAGAGGGAAAAAUGUUGGAGCCUAAUCCUCUGAAAGAUGGUUCUGAUGACAGUUGGGUGCCAAAGGUUGGUAUGGAGUUUGAAAGUGAAAUGGAAGCAUAUCAGUUCUAUGAUAACUAUGCAAAAAGAAUAGGAUUCAGUAUUCGGAAGAAUCGGUUAAAUCGAAGAGCUUCUGGUGUUAUCUCAUUGAGGGUGUACGUGUGCCAUAAAGAGGGCUUUCGUGGGAACAAGAAGGAGGAGUGGGAAGUAAAGAACCCAAAGCUGUAUGAGAGAACUGGUUGCCUUGCGGCCUUGACCCUCAAAAUUACAAACAAUGGCAAGUAUCGUGUGACUGACUUUGAGGCAAAGCAUAACCAUCCACUUGUUAUACCAAACAAAGCUCACAUGAUAAAAUGGCGGAGAAUAAGUAAGGAUCGUGGUGUUUUAGCUGAGGAUUCCAGGAUGAUACCAAGAGCUGAUGAUGAGGUUAUGAAUGGGCAUGCUGGUGACCAUCAGCAUUUUAUCAACCCUUCUCUAACUUAUAAAAAUUAUUUACAGUCAAAGCGUGCAAGUGCUGUAUUGCCGGGAGAUGCAGGUGCUGCUUUGCAGUAUGUGCAGGAGAGGCAAAUUGAUGAUCCAUCAUUUUUUUAUGCUGUACAGCUUGAUAAGGAAGAUCGAGUGGCAAAUAUUUUCUGGGCAGAUGGAAAGUCUAUAAUUGACUAUGAUUACUUUGGAGAUGUGAUGUGUUUUGACACUACAUAUCGAUCAAAUAACUAUGGUAGGCCAUUUGCACAAUUUAUUGGUGUGAAUCAUCACAUGCAAACGGUAUUCUUUGGUGCUGCAUUGUUGUAUAAUGAAACACUUGAAUCUUUCAAGUGGAUGUUUGAGACCUUAAAGGCGGCUAUGUCUGGGAAACAACCCAAGGUAAUUUGGAUAGAACAGUCUACGGAAAUUAGCGAUGCAAUUGCUGCAGUGUGGCCAGGUACGGUUUGUCAUUUUUCUAUGUGGCACGUCUACCAUGAUGCUGCUAAACAUCUGAGUUUUGCCUUCCAGGGCUCCAAAACAUUUGCACUUGAUUUUAGCAAAUGUGUCUAUGAAAUUGAGGAGGAGGAAGAAUUUCAAUCAUUGUGGAAAGAAAUGUUGGAGAAGUAUGAUCUUAAAGACAAUCAAUGGCUGGCAAAGUUGUAUGAGGAUAGGGAAAAAUGGGCCUUGCCAUAUAGCCGGCAUAUAUUUUGUGCAGACAUGAAAAGCACAUUACGGAAGGAAGACUUGAGCACUGAGCUAAAACAAUGGUUAUGUCCGGAACUUGAUCUUUUGCAGUUUUUAAAGCAUUAUGAAAAAGCAAUAGAUGAUCGCAGGCAUGCUGAACUACAAGCUGAUUUUCAAGCUUGUCAAAUUUCCCCAACCAUACCUCCUACAAGGAUGUUAAAGCAAGCUGCAAAUGUAUAUACGCCUGAAGUGUUUAAACUGUUUCAGAGGGAGUUUGAAAUGUCUAUGGAUUGUUUGGUCUACACUGGUGGUGAGCUUGGACCCAUAGCAGAUUACAAGGUAGCAGCUGAGGGGGAGCCUACCGAAUAUAUUGUUAGAGUUGACAUUUCAGAUGGUACACUCAUUUGUAGUUGCAAAAAAUUUGAGUUCAUGGGAAUUCAAUGCCGUCAUGUGCUGAAAGUGCUUGAUAUUGUUAAUAUUAAAGAACUACCACAACGUUACAUCUUGAAGCGGUGGAGAAAAGAUGCUAAGGCUGGGAGCAUGAGAGAUACUUGUGGAUUUGCAUUUCUUGGUGACUCCACAUCAUCUAAAGCAAAACGUUAUGGUUCUUUGUGUCGCAUUUUCAAUAAAAUUGCAGCAAGGGCUGCUGAAUCUUUGGAGGCAUAUACAUUAAUUGAAGGGCACCUAGAUCAACUUAUGGACCAUGUAUACCAAAUUAUGCAAAAUAAACCUUUUGAGAAACAUUGAUUUAAGUUUACAUACCUGUUUAAGAGAGCUCAUGGUUUGCAGAGAACCUGUCAUUGUCUUUUCUGAUGUGUAGUUUCUUCUAAAAUACAAUACAGAUUCUAUUUUGUUUUUGAUGUAUAUUAAUCAUCAGCUGGCAGUAGCACUCAGUUGGGUGAGGCUAGAUUGGUUUUAAAUCCAAGUACUUAAAUUCACUUUGUAACUGACAUUUUGAUUUUUCUUAAUGAUCGUCCGGCCUGCAUAUCUCAGAACUUGCA